UCAUUAAACAGCAAAUAUUAACUGAAGUCAAUAAGAAAUUUGAUUCCGCAAAACUCCUUCCAUAUCAAGCACGUCACGAAGCAGGAAAGCAUGUUAUCGGUGCAUUGCUUGAUUCUAAGGAGAUUCAUACUAGUGUAUUUAGAAAAUUUAUCGGUGAUGAGAAAUUCGGUGAAGUUUUAGAAGCUAAUGUGUUUGCAUAUCAUCCAUCAAGAGAUACCGUGACCUUUCAGUCUCAAUCGGUAGAAUACUAUAUUCGGGAAAACGCUAGUAUAUUCCCCCAAGAAGGAAAAAAGGAAGAUGUAAUCGAACAGUCGUAA